AUGGCCCCCCAUGAUGUGCCUCCCGUGCCACCCCCCGCCUACAAAGACCACGCUGCUGAGGAGAAGAAAGAGCCAUGGAGUAUCAAAAGCGUGAGCAUUUUUACGAGCCUCUUGACCUUCAUCCACGCAUGUUCUGUUACCAUAGCAAAGCUGGUCGUCAAGGGCGCACGGAAGGCCCUGAAUUGGCACUAUGGUGACAUAGUGAAGGACGCUCAAGGAGAGGAUUCAAAUGCUGGAGAACAACCUGUAUAA